AGGGUAGAAAUAUUUCAGAUAUAGCUUAUGAAAUUUGCAACGAGUAUUUGGAAUGUAAAAAGCACAAUAAUCAUGUGAUUCUCACCACACCUUCAAUUCUUCACAAGCGUAUUACGUUUGCAUGCCUUCAGUACACAAUUGGAUACUAUAUGCCAUCUUUGUUUACUUUCGAUUAUCGAACUUCUUAG